UUUAUUUUACUAUUUUAUUAUAUUAUAAAAAUCCGGGAAAGAAAAAUAAAGAAAAUGGCCAAAAACACAAAAAGUGCCGCUUUCAGGAAAAUUAAUGUUGACCAGUACGAGGAGGAGCAGUACAUCGAGGAGCAGCUGGCCGAUGAUUCUGCCACCGGACCGAACAAUGCGGAAGUACAAUCGCUGCUGGCCAAGGGCAACAACAUUGAUGCUCUCAUCACUGCCAUCUCUACCCCGCCUGUCAAUACAAAGAACCAGGCUGUCAAGGACAAAGCCCUUGAAUUAGUGAUGAAGGUGAUGCUGUCUUUCAAAACAUCUGAAAUAGAUGGUGCUGUUUCGAAACUUGACGAGACAAAACUCGACACAUUGAUGAAAUACAUAUACAGAAGUUUUGAUAAACCAUCUGAGAAUAGUAGCGCAUCUCUUCUCAUCUGGCACGAUAAGGUGUUUGCAAAGACAGGUGUCGGUAGUAUAAUAAGAGUUUUGACUGAUAGGAAACGUGUGUAAAACUCAUUCCAGGCAACUCCAUGGCCAACACGUGAUGACAUUUUGAAAAAUUAUUUUGUGGUUACAUACAGUCACUUGAAACAUUUGAAAUUUAAUUUGAUAUAAUUAUAUAUUAAAUUUGGUUGUCACAGCAAAUUAUGUUUUUUGGUUUGCCUCGUUUUAUUUCACCAUCAGCAGUUUACUUUAUUUUACAAUGUUGUUUGACUCCACCAUCAGUUGUUUCUUCAGAUAUGCAUACAUGUCAUAUUGAAUAUGUUUAAUUGUUAUCA